GGGCUGUUCUUGAGCAGAGUAGGUAGCUCCUGGCCUAAACCUCCCACACCUCCCAUACUGACUUCCUCCUGCUUUGAUUACUGGCCAAUGUCAUUUCCUGUGCAGAGCUCCUGCCAAUCAGGACAUAGCAACUACCAGACUCUCAAACCUGCAUCUGUGUCUCCAGACCGACCCACAGGGCAGCACAGGAGAGAUGAGAUGCUCUUGGACUUUUUUGCUUGUCUUCCACUUCUUAAUAACUCACAUCCAGGGGUUCAGUGUCAUCCAGACUCCCCCCAUCCUCUGGAAAAAUGCAGGAGAAUCUGCAGAGAUGCGCUGUGAACACCAGGAUAGCAGCUACUAUCAGAUGUACUGGUACCGACAGCUCCCUGAAGAGAGAAUUCAACAAAUAGUUUAUUCUGAUACCACUGGCAAACCUGACUUCGGAGAGUUCAGUAAAGAGAAAUAUGAAGUCCAUAAAACUAUUGCUCAAAAUGGAUCUUUCACAGUGAAGAAGCUGGAGCCAGGAGACAACGCCAUGUAUUUCUGUGCAGCUGGCAAACACAAUGGUGCAGGGCUGCUGCACAGCUUGUCAAAAACUCCUCCUGCUCUACUGCAUACUCGUGAAAAAGGUGUAGUGAGUCAUCAGUCCUGCAGGGGGGAGCGUAGCACCAGGAAUGGUCUUGCUGAGGGAAUCAGUGUCACCCAGACUCCCCUCAUUCUCUUGAAGGAACCAGGGAGGUCUGCAGAGAUGCGCUGUGAACACCAGGAUAGCAGCUACUAUCAGAUGUACUGGUACCGACAGCUUCUUGGGGAGAGAAUUCAGCUCAUUGUCUACUCUACUGCUGGUGGUGACCCUGAUUUCGGAGAGUUCAAUAAAGAGAAAUAUGAAGUCCAUAAAACUAUUGCUCAAAAUGGAUCUUUCACAGUGAAGAAUCUGGAGCCAGGAGACAGUGCCACAUAUUUCUGCGCUGCUAGCAAACACAGUGAUAUAGAGUUCCUGCACAGCUUGUUAAAAACUCCUCCUUUGCUCCUGCACAAGUGCAUGAGCCCUCAAUCCAGGUCAGGGCUGCUGGGAUCCUGGCAGCUCAGUCCUGCACUCCGGAGUUUAGCCCAGCUGCUGGCCCUGGUGGUCCUUCCUAUCCCCACCAGCCUGCUUUCCAGUCCAGUGUCCAGCCUGCACUUGGCCCCGUUCCCUGUCAGCCUGCACUCCAGUCCAGUGUCCAGCCUCCACUUGGCCCUGUUCCCUGUCAGCCUGCUCACUGCCCUUUGGGCUCUGCCUCAGCCUGCCAGCCUCUCUGCCAGCCCCAUGCACUGA